GAAUCGGUUCCCGGGUGAUCCUCGCGCCCGCGGCUGCUCGGCUCCGCCGCCGCCGCCGCCGCCGCCGCUGAGAAGCUGCAGCGCGCUGGGCUGAGGCUCGAACCGCUCCGGGGACUGGAGCUUAAGGCGCCGCGCGGAGUCCACAUCUCGGCCCUGAGCGCCGCGGCGCCAAUCACCGGCGCCGCUGUCUUUUCUCCUUUCCCUCAACAUGGCAGCGGCGGGCGCCAGCGGGCCCUCUGUGGGGACUGAGGAGGACGGCGGAGGCGGUGGCCCCAGGAUGGUGUACUUGUUUGACCGGCGCGAGAAGGAGUCCGAGCUCGGGGAGCGGGCGCUGCAGGUGGCGGAGCACACAGACUACGCGGCGUUCCGCGCCUCCGUGUGUCAGACACUUGGCAUUUCACCUGAAGAAAAAUUUGUUAUUACAACAACAAGUAGGAAAGAAAUUACCUGUGAUAAUUUUGAUGAAACUGUUAAAGAUGGAGUCACUCUGUACCUGUUACAGUCAGUCAAUCAGUUACUACUAACAGCUACAAAAGAACGAAUUGACUUCCUACCUCAUUAUGACACACUGGUUAAAAGUGGCAUGUAUGAAUAUUAUGCAAGUGAAGGACAAAAUCCUUUGCCAUUUGCUCUUGCGGAAUUAAUCGACAAUUCAUUGUCUGCUACUUCUCGUAAUGUUGGUAUUAGAAGAAUACAGAUCAAAUUGCUUUUUGAUGAGACACAAGGAAAACCUGCUGUUGCAGUAAUAGAUAAUGGAAGAGGAAUGACUUCUAAACAGCUUAACAACUGGGCUGUGUAUAGGUUGUCAAAAUUUACACGGCAAGGUGACUUUGAAAGUGAUCAUUCAGGGUAUGUUCGUCCAGUACCUGUGCCACGGAGUUUAAAUAGUGAUAUUUCCUAUUUUGGUGUUGGGGGCAAGCAGGCUGUUUUCUUUGUUGGACAAUCAGCCAGAAUGAUAAGUAAACCUGCAGAGUCCCAAGAUGUUCAUGAGCUUGUACUUUCUAAAGAAGAUUUUGAGAAGAAGGAAAAAAAUAAGGAGGCAAUAUAUAGUGGAUAUAUUAGAAACAGAAAGCCAUCUGAUUCAGUUCAUAUUACAAAUGAUGAUGAAAGAUUUCUACAUAAUCUUAUCAUAGAGGAGAAAGAAAAAGAUAGCUUUACUGCUGUGGUUAUCACAGGGGUACAACCUGAACACAUACAGUACUUGAAAAAUUAUUUCCAUCUUUGGACACGACAGUUAGCGCAUAUUUAUCAUUACUAUAUUCAUGGCCCAAAAGGUAAUGAAAUACGUACAUCAAAAGAAGUUGGACCUUUCAACAAUAUUGACAUUGAAAUUUCUAUGUUUGAAAAAGGGAAGGCUCCUAAGAUUGUCAACCUAAGAGAAAUACAAGAUGACAUGCAGACGUUGUAUAUAAACACAGCAUCUGAUAGUUUUGAGUUCAAGGCUCAUGUUGAAGGAGACGGUGUAGUGGAAGGGAUAAUCCGAUUUCAUCCUUUCUUGUAUGAUAGAGAGACUUACCCUGAUGAUCCAUGCUUUCCAUCAAAAUUAAAAGAUGAAGAGGAUGAUGAUGAUUGUUUCAUGCUUGAGAAAGCAGCAAGAGGGAAAAGACCUAUUUUUGAAUGUUUUUGGAAUGGACGAUUAAUACCAUAUACAUCAGUUGAAGAUUUUGACUGGUGUACUCCUCCUAAGAAGAGAGGGCUUGCACCAAUUGAAUGCUACAACAGAAUAUCUGGUGCAUUAUUCACUAAUGACAAAUUUCAGGUCAGCACAAAUAAACUGACAUUCAUGGAUCUUGAGUUGAAAUUGAAAGAUAAGAACACCCUUUUUACAAGGAUUUUAAAUGGACAGGAGCAGCGAAUGAAAAUUGACCGAGAAUUUGCUUUAUGGCUCAAGGACUGUCAUGAAAAGUAUGACAAACAGAUAAAAUUUACACUUUUUAAAGGAAUAAUUACCCGUCCUGAUCUUCCCUCUAAAAAGCAAGGCCCCUGGGCAACAUACUCAGCAAUAGAAUGGGAUGGAAAAAUAUACAAAGCAGGACAGCUGGUCAAGACAAUCAAGACACUCCCCCUCUUUUAUGGAAGCAUAGUAAGAUUUUUUCUUUAUGGUGAUCAUGAUGGAGAAGUAUAUGCUACAGGAGGAGAAGUUCAAAUUGCAAUGGAACCUCAGGCACUAUAUGAUGAAGUGAAAACUGUCCCAAUUGCAAAGCUGGAUAGGACAGUCGCUGAGAAAACUGUGAGAAAAUAUGUAGAAGAUGAAAUGGCAAGGCUCCCUGAUAGAUUGUCAGUAACUUGGCCUGAAGGAGAUGAAUUGUUGCCUAAUGAGAUUAGGCCUGCUGGAACCCCUAUUGGUGCAUUAAGAAUUGAAAUACUGAAUAAAAAGGGAGAGGCAAUGCAAAAGCUUCCAGGAACAAGUCACGGAGGUUCAAAGAAACUCCUAGUUGAGCUUAAAGUUAUAUUACACUCUUCAAGUGGAAAUAAAGAAAUCAUUUCUCAUAUUAGUCAACAUGGAGGAAAAUGGCCUUACUGGUUUAAAAAAAUGGAAAAUAUUCAAAAGUUGGGAAAUUACACAUUGAAAUUGCAAGUUGUACUUAAUGAAAGUAAUGCAGAUACCUAUGCAGGAAGACCACUACCAUCUAAAGCAAUUAAAUUCUCUGUUAAAGAGGGCAAGCCAGAGAAAUUUUCUUUUGGUCUUCUGGAUCCUCCUUUUCGUGUUGGAGUUCCAUUCAACAUCCCUUUGGAAUUUCAGGAUGAAUUUGGUCAUACCAGCCAACUAAUAACUGAUAUUCAGCCAGUUCUUGAAGCAAGUGGUUUAUCUUUACAUUAUGAAGAAAUAACCAAAGGACCAAAUUGUAUAAUUCGUGGUGUUACAGUUAAGGGUCCUGUAAAUUCUUGUCAAGGCAAGAAUUUUAACCUGAAGGUUAUUCUGCCAGGUUUAAAAGAAGACUCACAGAUUUUGAAAAUUAGAUUACUACCUGGUCCCCCUCGUCAUUUGAAAGUGAAACCUGAUUCUGAAAUUUUAGUUAUAGAAAAUGGAACAGCUUUCCCAUUUCAGGUGGAAGUUCUAGAUGAAUCAGACAACAUAACAGCACAACCAAAACUGAUUGUCCAUUGUAAGUUUUCAGGUGCUCCAAACCUUCCAGUCUACACAGUGGAUUGCAGUAGUUCUGGAACCAGUAUUUUAACAGGAUCUGCAAUUCAUGUUCAGAAUAUUAAAAAAGACCAGACACUUAAAGCAAGAAUUGAAAUACCUAGCUGUAAAGAUGUGUCACCUGUGGAGAAGACGAUCAAGUUGCUUCCUAGUAGCCAUGUUGCACGACUUCAGAUAUUUAGUGUAGAGGGACAAAAGGCAAUCCAGAUCAAGCAUCAGGAUGAGGUUAAUUGGAUAGCAGGGGAUGUUAUGCGUAAUCUUAUUUUUCAAAUGUAUGAUGAAGGAGAAAGAGAAAUCAACAUAACAUCAGCUUUAGCAGAAAAAAUUAAAGUUAAUUGGACUCCUGAGAUUAACAAAGAACACUUGCUACAGGGUCUGCUUCCUGAUGUACAAGUACCAACAUCUGUAAAAGAUAUGCGCUAUUGCCAAGUUUCAUUUCAAGAUGAUCAUGUGUCUUUGGAAAGUGCAUUUACAGUAAGACCACUUCCUGAUGAAGCCAAACAUUUAAAAUGUGAAUUAAAGGGGGGAAAAACAGUACAAAUGGGCCAAGAGCUUCAAGGAGAAGUAGUCCUAAUAGUUACAGAUCAGUAUGGAAAUCAGAUUCCAGCAUUUUCACCAGGUUGUUUAUCUGCUUUGUCAAUUGCUGGGGUUGGACUUGAUAACUCAAAUUUGAAAACAACUUUGCAGGAAAACACACAAAGUAUAAGUGUAAGAGGGAUCAAAUUUAUUCCAGGUCCUCCUGGAAAUAAGGAUCUUUGUUUUACUUGGCGUGAGUUUUCUGACUUUAUUCGAGUUCAGCUAAUUUCUGGACCUCCAGCUAAACUUCUCCUUAUAGAUUGGCCAGAACUAAAAGAGCCCAUUCCAGUGAUUAAUGGAAGAGAAUUACAAAAUCCUCUCACUGUUCAACUUUGUGAUCAGUGGGAUAAUCCAGCACCAGUACCACACGUUAAAAUAAAUCUCAUAAAAGCUAACAAUUUAAAGCUCAUGCCUUCAAACCAGCAGCAUAAAACAGAUGAAAAGGGCAGGGCUAAUUUGGGAGUGUUCAUUGUUGUUGCCCCUAGGGGAGAACAUAUUAUGCAGGUUAAAGCUGUCUAUAACAAGAGUACUAUAGAAGGACCUAUAAUUAAGUUAAUGAUUCUUCCAGACCCUGAGAAACCCAUUCGUCUCAAUGUUAAAUAUGACAAAGAUGCUUGCUUUUUAGCAGGGGGUGUUUUCACUGAUUUUAUGGUUAGUGUUAUUUCUGAAGAUGACAGUAUCAUUAAAAAUAUCAACCCAGCACGUAUUUCCAUGAAAAUGUGGAAGCUGGUAAGCAGUAUGAACCGACCACCAGCAAAUGCAGAAACAUUUAGUUGUAAUAAAAUAAAAGAUAAUGACAAGGAAGAUGGUUGCUUCUAUUUCAGGGAUAAAGUAAUUCCUAACAAAGUGGGGACAUACUGUAUCCAGUUUGGUUUUAUGAUGGAUAAAACAAAUGUUCUCAGCAGCGAACAGGUUAUGAUUGAUGUUCUACCUAAUCAGCCUGUGAAGUUGGUUCCUGAAAUUCAGCCAGCUACUCCAGCUGUUUCUAAUGUUCGCUCAGUUGCCAGUAGGACCUUGGUCAAAGAUUUACGCCUCAGUAUCACGGAUGAAUAUGGCAAUCAUACUGGAAUAAAUUUGGUUGGCACUAUAGUAGCUACCAUUAAAGGUUUUCAUGAGGAAGACACUGAUACUCCACUCUUUAUCGGGAAAAUUAGAACACUUGAAUUUCCCUUUGUGAAUGGUUCAGCUGAAAUCACGAGUCUAGUACUGGCAGAAAAUAGUCCUGGAAGGGAUAGUACUGAAUAUUUUAUUGUUUUUGAGCCUCGGCUACCAUCUUUAUCAAGAACAUUAGAACCAUAUAUCCUACCAUUUAUGUUUUACAAUGAUGUUAAGAAGCAGCAACAAAUGGCAGCACUUACAAAAGAAAAGGACCAGUUAUCUAAGUCUAUUGUUAUGUAUAGAAGUUUAUUUGAUGCCAGCAAACAGCUUCUUGAUGAAAUCAAAUGCCAAGUUGAGGAGGCAAAAUUAAAAGAGGCCCAGUUGCGAAAUGAACUGAAAGCACAUAAUAUUGACAUUCCUGUAACACAACAGAUACCACACAUUGAAGCACUUUUGAAAAGAAAGAUGUCAGAACAGGAAGAACUAAAGAAAAAACCCAGAAGAUCAUGUACUCUACCAAACUAUACAAAAGGCAGUGGAGAUGUUUUGGGGAAAAUAGCACAUCUAGCACAAAUUGAAGAUGAUAGAGCUGCAAUGGUUAUUUCUUGGCAUCUGGCAAGUGACAUGGAUUGUGUGGUCACCCUAACCACUGAUGCUGCUCGUCGUAUCUAUGAUGAAACCCAAGGUCGUCAACAGGUGUUACCCCUGGAUUCUAUUUAUAAGAAGACUCUUCCAGAUUGGAAAAGACCUCUACCUCAUUUUCGAAAUGGAAAAUUAUAUUUUAAACCCAUUGGAGACCCAGUUUUUGCCCGAGAUUUGUUAACAUUUCCAGAUAAUAUAGAACACUGUGAAACAGUAUUUGGUAUGCUGUUAGGAGACACCAUUAUUUUGGAUAAUCUAGAUGCAGCCAAUCAUUAUAGAAAAGAGGUUGUUAAAAUUACACACUGUCCCACAUUGCUGACCAGAGAUGGAGAUCGAAUUCGAAGUAAUGGAAAGUUUGGGGGCCUUCAGAAUAAAGCUCCUCCAAUGGAUAAACUUCGAGGAAUGGUAUUUGGAGCUCCAGUCCCAAAACAGUGUUUGAUCUUAGGGGAACAAAUAGAUCUUCUUCAACAGUAUCGUUCUGCUGUGUGCAAGCUAGGCAGUGUGAAUGAGGACCUUAAUGGUCAGUUAGAAUACCUUCAUACUCCUGAUAUGAAGAAGAAAAAGCAAGAACUAGAUGAACAAGAAAAGAGUCUGAAACUAAUAGAGCAGAAACUUGGUAUGACUCCCACACGUAAGUGUAAUGAUUCAUUGCGUCAUUCAACAAAAGUUGAGAUGACAGAUUGUCCAAUUCCUCCUAAAAGAAUGAGAAGAGAAACUACAAGACAAAAUAGGAUUCCAACUAAAUCAGAUGUAUAAAAGGUGAAGGGGCCACUGGUCUUACUAAGAAUACUCUGCCUCUGCAUCUCUCUCAGAAGAACAAAAGGUGACUUAACAAACUGAAUAUUUCUGGGGACAGUACAAGUAUCUAGGCAUGAAUUUUCAUGUGUAUCCAGAUGACUAAAAGCAACCAUUCAAUUUUAUGAAUCUCAGUGGACAGUAUGGAUUUACUGGAAUUAUUCCAGUCACCAUGCCCUUUGGUUGUCAUUAUCUUGCAAAUGUGUCAGAAGAACGUAUGCUCAUAUGUCAAUGACUGGAAAACUGGCACGUGGCAUCUGUUAAUCCUGACGAAAAGUAUAUGUACUAUUUUUCAGUAUAAUUAUCAUGAAUAUGUUAGAACUAUUUCUUGAAAACAGCCUUUUUAUUACUUUUGUGUGAAUUUAUUUAACAGAAGCGUUUUGGCCUUUAUGUAAGGAAGGUUCUGGAGACUAGAUAUUUAAUUGUAAAUAUGUGAGGAAACUUGAUGAAGAAUUCAGGAUUAAAAAAAAGCACAGGUAUCUUGGAAUUCAAAUGUUAAGAUACACAGAAUAACGUUAAAUUGAUGAGUGAAUAUGUGACAGGUUGCUUUUCAGAUUUCAAAGGCUUAUUCUGUAUAUAAAUAAAAUGUGCAGCAGCAUCUUUUUUAUAAGUAUUAUUCGGCUUUAUUAAUACUAGAUUAUAUAGUCUCAGCCUUAAUUCUACACUUACAUUAUUUUGUAACUUUUUAUUACUAUUUUUAAGAUGUUAAAGAAAACAUACUCUCUGACAUUAAUGCAAUAAGAGUUUGGUAGAAGGUUAUUGCAAAAACAUUUAAAUUGUGUAUUAGUUCAAGUUAAUGUGUGUCAGUAUAUAUGUCUUUGUGUAAAUCCAAACGAUUGGUCUGAGAGGUUAUUUUGUAAGGAAAACUUUUGGUACAGUUUUUGUCCAGGAAAUAUGUGUGUUUUUUAAUCCUUUCUGAAUAUGCAAUGAGGUUAAUAAACAGAAUUGUUUCUUCCCUACUGAA